CUGGGCCGGCCCGCCGUGGGCUCUGCGUGGGCUCCCAGUGCGCGGACCCUGGGGCGGAGCGCAGGAUGCAGUGCCUCCGCACCGAGCACCUGGUUUCCACGGAGACAACCCCCAGGCAAAGACAGUGGCGACCUCAGAUUUAUAGGAAAUGCACAGAUAAGGCCUGGUUGUUCCUGUUCUUUCUCUUUUGGGCUGGUUUGAUGUUCAUCAUGGGCUACUCAGUGACGGCUGGGGCCACAGGAAGACUCCUCUUCGGCUACGACAGCUUUGGCAACGUGUGUGGCAAGAAGAACUCCCCAGUAGAAGGGGCCCCUCUUUCGGGGCAGGACAUGACCCUAAAAAAACACGUGUUUUUUAUGAAUUCCUGCAACCUGGAAGUCAAGGAUGUGAGGUUCAGUUCCACCGUUCUCUGUGUGUCCAGCUGUCCUGAAGAGCAGCUUAAUACCCUGGAAGAGGUCCAGCUCUUUGCAAACACUACUGGGUCCUUCCUGUGUGUUUAUAGUUUGAAUUCCUUCAACUACACCCAGAAUCCAAAUGCAGACUCGCUGUGCCCCAGGCUACCAGUUCCUCCAAGCAAGUCUUUUCCCUUGUUUAAUCGAUGCAUCCCUCAAACUCCUGAGUGUUAUUCCCUGUUUGCAUCUGUUUUGAUCAAUGAUGUUGACGCCCUCCAUCGAAUUCUAAGUGGAAUAAUGUCAGGAAGAGACACAAUCCUCGGUCUCUGUGUCCUCGCCUUCGCCUUGUCUUUGGCCAUGAUGUUCACCUUCCGAUUCAUCACCACCCUUCUGGUUCACAUUUUCAUUGCACUGAUUGUUUUGGGAUUGCUGUUUGUCUGUGGUGUCUUAUGGUGGCUGUAUUAUGACUACACUAAUGACCUCAGCACAGAAUUGGACACAGAAAGGGAGAACAUGAAGUGUUUGCUGGGGUUUGCUGUUGUGUCUACAGUUAUCACGGCAGUUCUGCUCGUCUUGAUUUUUGUCCUCAGAAAGAGAAUAAAAUUGACAGUUGAACUUCUCCGAGUCACAAAUAAAGCCAUCAGCAGCUCUCCUUUCCUGCUGUUCCAGCCACUGUGGACGUUUACCAUCCUCAUUUUCUUCUGGGUCUCCUGGGUGGCCGUGCUCCUGAGCCUGGGAACUGCAGGAGCUGCACAGGUCAUCGAAGGCGGCCAAGUGGAAUAUAAGCCUCUUUCGGGCAUUCGGUAUAUGUGGUGGUACCAUUUAAUUGGCCUCAUCUGGACUAGUGAAUUCAUCCUUGCAUGCCAGCAAAUGACUAUAGCUGGGGCAGUGGUUACAUGGUAUUUCAACAGAAAUAAAAAUGACCCUCCUGAUCGCCCGAUCCUUUCAUCUCUCUCCAUUCUUUUCUGCUACCAUCAGGGAACAGUUGUCAAAGGGUCAUUUUUAAUCACUGUGGUGAGGAUGCCAAGAGCCGUUCUCAUGUACAUCUAUAACACUCUGAAAGAGAAGCAGCACGGCGCCUGGUCGAGUUGUGUGUCCCGAUGCUGCUACUGCUGCUUCCGGUGUCUUGACAAAUGCCUGGGCCAUUUCAACCAGAAUGCAUACACUACAACUGCCAUUAAUGGGACAGAUUUUUGUACAUCAGCAAAAGAUGCACUCAAACUCUUAUCCAAGAAUUCAAGUCAUUUUACAUCUGUUAACUGCUUUGGAGACUUCGUAAUUUUUCUAGGAAAGGUGCUAGUGGUGUGUUUCACAGUUUUUGGAGGACUGAUGGCAUUUAACUACCACCGUGUGCUCCAGGUGUGGGCAAUCCCACUACUAUUGGUUGCUUUUUUUGCCUACUUAGUAGCCCAUAGUUUUUUAUCUAUGUUUGAAACUGUGCUGGAUGCACUUUUCCUGUGUUUUGCUGUUGAUCUGGAAACAAAUGAUGGAUCAUCAGAAAAGCCCUACUUUAUGGACCAAGAGUUUUUGAGUUUUAUAAAAAGGAUCAACAAAUCAAAUAAUGCAAGGGCACAGAGAGACGAGAACUCAUUAACGAAUGAAGAGGGAACAGAACUCCGGCCUCUGUAAGAUAAGCGCGCCCAUCAGGUAUUUGUACCUGGAAAAAGUUUCCUUCUCCUAAGAGCCGUGCGCAGAAUAAACGAUAGGGCCCAACGUGGACCCUAUUCUUCCUGUUUUUGUCCCCACUAUUUGACCACAUUACAAUACUAGAACCAUAAAAGUAUACAACCUUUUUUGUACCAACAGGGACUGAAAAACCUUUUAACAACAUGUUUAUGUGGUCAAUUAAAAAGCACAUUAUGUAAAAACUAAUUUGAAGGACAGUUCCUCACUCACGACCAGUAAACCUUAGCAAAAAUCUCUGGAAUGUUGCCCUAGUACAGAGGACUUUUCCCUACUCUUCCACUCCUGGAAAUGUGCUAAAUAUGUUAUAGCUUUUCAAAGUACAAUUCUUAGAUUUAGGGACAGUUAAAACCGAAAGUGUAAAAGGAACUACCACCUGAUGGGCGUGGUAUAGAACGGGCAGAAGAUUAACCAGAUGUGAGGAGUUAAAUUUUGUUAAAAGUACAAGGCUAAGUCUUACAAAUUAGCAAACGUUCUGCAGAAGCGGGUUUUCAACCACAGCCCCACCUGACAUUGCCCGGAGGAAGGUUUAAAGUCCUUCUGCCUGGACCCCAUUCCCAGAUUUAGAUUCAGUGGUGGGUCAGAGGAAAGGGCCACGGUGGGCGUGCACUGGCGGCUUUUCCUUUUUAAAGCUUUAAACAAAUAGGAACAUCUAACGUGUUGAUUGGCAGCCUCGUUUCAACUAGAUAACAGGUAAACUGAAUUACUAACUCUCCUAACAGGACGCCCAAUCUGGCUUAUUUGGCAGGGCAAGCAGUGCAAUAUAAGGUUUCCCUAAACGCCUCUUCCUGGAGGGCAGGAAACAGCAUGCUAGCUCAGGUCUCCUUUAACAAUGCAAAUUACAACUUUCCUCUUAAACAAGACUAUUAGUUGAGCUCUGACAGUCUCCUUUAGGAAAAGGAUUUACGACAGAGCAGUUUCUCCGAGGCAUUAACCUUAGUCACUGCAGCACGAUGAGCAAGUCAACUGUGCUUUUGUGGGUUCAUCAAACACCCCUAUGUCCUCAUUAUCUGCCUCAGCAAAAAACAAGCAGGCACAUUUCACCCCCAAGGCCUAAUAGAACCAGUGCUAUCAGAGGAAAUCACUUGGCUGAGAAAAUGUCAAAAAGUGUGUUAGCGAUUGAAUUUUUUAUCAUUACAACACUUAGCUGUUUGACCUCCUCUAGAUCAUAACUGAAGGUUAGGUUUUGCUAACACUUCCUACUAUAAAUCCUAGUUCAUUAUCAAACAGCGUGUCCUAUUCCUGAUCCAGUAUGUUUCUUAAUAUUUAUUCACGCUAGAAUAUGAAUAUAAAAUCGCUCCACCCCAUCCCCACCAAUGUUCCCCAAGAUGAUUUUCAGAUUAUUCCAAGUUGGAUUUAGAAUGAACUGGAGGCAGAUGAGUCACAAUGGAAUAAGCAAAGGUCAGAUGAUAGUCUGAAUCCCGGCUGGCAUUUCCUGUGUGCGAUGGGCAGGUCCCUUCGUUUUUCUAAGCCUCCCUCUCAAGUACUCAGUGCAUUGGUGUAGAGAUUCAGUAAAGAAACGUUCAAGUAUCUUAUAACAGUACCUGGGAAAGAAUACUUAAAAAAAAAAAUCUGACUCUACCCAUCUGGAAGUUAGCCAGAAAAUAAUCAGCCUGUGGCUCGUAGGAAUGUUCAAAAAAAAUAUUUAUUUAUAAAAAAUACAAUGGGAUAAGUUUAUGCUGAGAAAUGCAGCAAUAAAUACAGUGGAAGAAAACAGAGCAACUCUACAUCGAUACAUUGGCACAAACAGGAAGAGCAAACGCACCCCCCAGACCUCGAUGUCUGCAGGCCAGCUUUGUACAUGCUCCUUUCGAAACACCACUCGGAAAAGAUCUUGUCGGCUUAGGUAAGAAUGAGUACACAUAUAAUCACAAAUGCACACUGAUCAGGACUUUAUUUAAAAAUUAGCAAACAAUACUGUAGAAACAUUGAUAUAUAAAUUUCUAAAAUGCUGCAUCUUAAAUUUAGUUGGCAAAGACCACAUUUAGCUAUAAGCAUGAGUUUAGUCUUCCAUGGAGAAACCAGACACUACACUGUAAAAAAAAAAAAAAAAAAGCUUCCUAUCGUCUGAAAAUACCAAUUUAAGUAGAGGAUUGUAAAAAUGCAUAGAUCUUUAAUAAAAGAAUUGACUGUACAAGAGUACUCCCCUUUCACAGUAUUCCUUUUUACUUCAUAUGUGAGUUAUUGGUUAUGCUGUAGGAUUUAACUGUUACAGCACUAAAAGGCAACUAUUUAGGGAAGAGGCAGAAAAAGGAAAAAGGAAUGUAUGUAAGGCAGUAUUUCCUUUAGGUACAAUAAGCAUAAUAGUGUUUUAGGAAGACAAGAUAAAAAUUACUCAAGGCUAGCUUGGUUCUCACUGAAUAAAAACAACGGGCUAAAUACUGAGCUCCUCUGUGAAUCUAAUAAUCAAUGCCUUGGUCUCCAUAUUGGUAAUCUCUGGGGUAGUCAUCUUGGUACUCGCCAUGAUAUUCAUCUGGGUAUUCUGCCUGAUAAUCACUAUCACUGAUUUCCGACCCAUUUGUUCCGGUUCCUUGGCUUCCAUUGUGAAUGACAGGUUCUGUGGGAGCAGCACAGUAUUUGGGAUCAUAUACUUGCCGCCCAAGCCCAUACACACUCAUUCCUUUCUGGGAAGCGACUUUGUUGGUACCCAUCUGUAGAGAAAUUGUCGAGUUGUCCACGGGUUGUAAUGUUAGCUUCUGAUCGUAGAUGUCUCUUCGGGUACCCGGUGCUAACAUCCCCGCCUGGUAUUAAAACAUAGUAUAAAAGUUAAAACAGCAGCUAAAAUCUAUUCUUGUUCCUUGUAUUUUAUAAAUUAUGAAAUUCCCAUCGAAUGUGAACACUAAUAACUUUCAUUCGGUUCAGGGGUAAAGCUAGCUUACCAAAAUAUCCUGAUGCUGAUUCUCUUACAAAGCAAUAUUCACUGGCUUUCGAGCUAAGGUCAGCCCUUACUUCAAAUCCUUGCUCUGCUAUAAAAUUGCUAUGUGGCCUCAGACAAGUUAACUUACUUUCAGUUUUAGGUUUCUCAUAUGCAAAAUGGAGACAAUACUACCUACUUUGGAAUAAGAAGAUUGGACAUAACGAAUAUAAAAACAAAGCAUAAUGCUGGCAUACCUGAAAGCUACAUCUGAGUACCUAGUAUGACCAUACACGCUAUCCAGGUUACCAGUUUCAAAAGUCUGUAAUACAUUCAACAAAAAUUAUGCUGAGCAGUCCUUAAGGACUUGAGUCUUUCGGAAGGCUCUGAGACACCAAAGAGCCAGCUACUUCAGAACAACUACUCCCACUCCCCUCCUUUUCAGGGUACUGUAACUCACCUCAUUUCUCCACUUAUGCCAAGCACAUGCUUUCAGAUUUAAUCGGUAAAAAAGCAAACCUGAGUGGUAGCUCUGAGACACUGCCCCGUGUGGCAGGACAUAUUCCAUAGAGGGCACCACCACCACACCUCAUGAGGUCAUGAUGAAAAGCUUUUUCAAACUUUACCCCCACUCCUGUUGGAUGUAAGACAUGUCCCGCUCUGAUAUGGUUAUGUGCA